AAACACGCAAUAAUUACGUAACAAGCGUUCUUAUAUAUAUACGUAGCUAAAAGAAUACUUGGCAUUUGAGAUGAGAAUGAGCAUAGGCGAACAUCGCGUUUUACGAGCUGGUGAAUACGACACACUACGGCAAGCAAUGGCAUUUCCUUCGUUGUUCCCUAUCCUCCUCAUCUUCUCCCUGGUGGGCAGCGGCUUUGCGGAGGAAGAGGCUUCUCCUCAAGGCUGUGGCUCUUUCCUGUGUAACCUGGAUGCAGCGUGGGGUGUAGCGGUGGCAGUGGGGGCAGGCAUAGCUGCCCUGGCCUCACUGAUCCUGGCCCUGGUGCUGUUGUGCCGCCUGCGACACAUAACGGAGCCUGAGGCACGCAGUGGGGUGGCACCACUGCUCCUGCUUCUCGCCACGGUCUUCAUGCUCUGUGCUGUCAGCUUCGCGUACGUCAUAGAGCGGAAUGACAGUGUCUGCAUUGCCCGGCACUCCCUCUGGGGGGCACUGCUUGUCCUCACAAUAGCAUACCAAGCGACCCAGGGUGUGCGAUUGCUCCGGUGCCCCUGCUUCAGGGCCUUGGCCGGGGUGGUGAUAGGCUCGGCUGUAGUGCUGGGUCUUGCUAUUCUUGAAUGGAUCCUGGCGAUUGCACUACACCCAGGCCGGCCCGUCUGCCAGUACGGGCCACUGCGUAUCAGCUUAGUCUUCCUAUACAUGCUGCUCUUGAUGUUAAUUAUACCAAUUACCUUGAGCUGUGGCCUGACUCGGGGGCAGCCAGAGUGGAGAUAUAGGAUUGUGAGUCUGUUCGUCAUGUGCUAUAUCUCUGCUGUGGUGUGGACCACAGAUUUGGCAUACCACGUGCACAAGGAAUCGCUUCCUGUCCAGUCCCCCAACAGGGAAGAUGAGAUACUGGCAAAGGUGCUGGUGUCGCAGGCCUGGCUGCUGCUGCUGCUCCACAUCGCCCCUGAAGCCCAGGCCUGCCUGCGCCCAGCCCCACAGCCCUCGGGUCCACAUGAUGUUCCCGAGCAGGCCCAGCCCCGCCUGAGGGGGGCCAGUUUGGAAGAGGGCAUUCCCCUGUCCCCCCAGCCCACAGUAGAGAGCCAGGGCUCUGCAUCGUACAGCAGCUCAGAUGGUUCUGGAAGUCAGUGGCCCAGCACUUCCUUCCACAUAGAGACGAGCAGCAACGCAGAGCCCAUGCCCUCCACCUCCACUGGAAUGUCUCAUAUCUGGCAUACAGAGACAUCAAGAUUCUGAGGAGGACGGCUCUGCUCUGUUGGCCAUGGACCA